AUGGCGGCAACCCACAAACCCACAUGGGAGAAAGCCGGCAUUUUUUAUGCGGUGAGGAACUCGGUCCACGAAAUCAGGAGAGACGACGACUUGGUUUUCGGAUUGGCGGAGAGAUGGUGCUCGAAGACCAACUCAUUCGUUUUGCCGUGGGGUGAAGCUACUGUGACAUUGGAGGAUAUGGCGGUUCUGGGGUUCUCUGUAUCAGGGUCCCCUGUUUUUCGCCCCAUUGGAGAGACAGAGGAGCUGAAAGAGCUGGAACAGGGUCUUAGUAUGGCGAUGAAGGAGAUCUCGCGAUCGACGGCUAAAAAGGCAGCAGUUGGUUACUGGAUAGCGAAAUUCAGAGAUAGCGAGAGCUUAAUCGAGCACGAAGCUUUUCUGGUGGCAUGGCUGUCCAGGUACGUUUUUGCCAAUACUCACGAUUGCAUAAGAAGGGAAGCUUUUCCGAUAGCUAUUCACCUUGCUAGGGGAAUUAGAAUUGCUUUGGCACCUGCUGUUCUCGCCAGUAUUUAUCGCGAUUUGGGCAUUUUGAAGCGAGAAAUUGUCAACGAAUCAAGAGGUUCUUCGUCUUCCAUUGUCAAACUCUGGUCACCAUUUCAGCUAGUCCAGGUAUGGGCUUGGGAGAGAUUCCUUCAGGUUCAGCCGCAGCCUAACGACCUGAUCCGCGGCGAACCCAGAUUAGCUCGAUGGAGUUCCAAGAAGAUAGAAAAAAGAGGCCAGGACAGGAGGAUGAUGUUGGACUCUGCUGCAGACACUUUCAUCUGGCGUCCGUACACUCUGCCGGUCAGAAAUUGGGAAUUUCCCCACAAAUUCUACGGCGAGAAGGAGAGAUGGGUAACGCUCAAGUCUGGCUAUGAGGACAACGAUGAUGAUGUGGUGUGUUUUGCUCGAUGCUUGAGGCCUUCAUUUCUUGUUGGAAUGGACACUGUAGAGCAGUAUUAUCCUCAUAGGGUUGCAAUGCAGUUUGGGUUUGAUCAAGGCAUACCUGGCUGUGUGGGUGAAUCAAACAAGACUACUGAUUGCUCUGAUGAUGCUUGGGGUGAUUACAGUAGAGAUUUAGAUGGUGUAAGCUUGUAUGUCCCGUCCCGGCUAUUCGAGGCAGAUGUAACUACCCUUUAUCAUCAAUGGUGGAAACAGGCGGUUGUGGAAUUGCGCCGAGGGGAGCUACUGAGUUUGUCAAAGCGGGACAAGGGAUCGAAGAAGUUGAUGGAGAAGAAGGCUGGUGGUGGGAAGUUAACUUUGUCGAAGAAGGUUUCGAAGCAUGAGGAGAAGAGAGGUCUAAAAACAGCAGCAGAUGGUUCGGGCUCUAGGGGUCUUCUUAGUCAGAAAAUCUCAGCAAUGUCAUAUAAGAAUGCAAAGAGAAAGAAUGAUGGUUACAAUGGGUUGACUGACAUCGACCGCCUUGUGAAACGGGUGAGGGCUCGGGCUUAUGGUACCAGAGUUACCAAAGAUGGUUCUCGUAUUGAUGUCUUGGAUCCAUCACCGGUAUCAGAAGCUAAGGUUGUGGGAAGGGGUGAUGAUGAUGAGGAGGAAGAUAUGAUGACAAUUGGACAGUUGGUGAAAGCUAACUACAAGCAUGGACAUGCUGAGAAGAUAAUAUAUGGUGGGGAUGCUCCCAGUUCGUCUCUCCAGUCAAUGAAUAUUGGAGGAGCUGUUGAAACUGUGUCGGCAUUGAUUGGGAUCGAAAGGGAAGCAGCUGCUGAAAGUAGACAGAAGAAUCAUGGCUACCAGAAUCAUUUGGAUCAGUCCUCGAAUUGCCAGUUUUCAGUAGCACCAGAUCAGACUCCUGGUGUAGGAUCCAGUGAUGUUUCGUCAGGUCAACUGCAAUCCCUUUCCUUUUCAGCAGAGAAAGAUGUGGUGGACUUGGUAAGUCCAGAUAGAGAAGCAACGAUGAAAACUGUGAUGAAGAUGGAGCCUUUUGAAGAAGUGAUGAAGGAAGUUACAGCAGCAGCAGUUGCUGAAGUUGAGAACCAAAGUAAUGAGUCUACUGUAAGCUUGUCUGGUGGAGCAGUGAACCUGAGCAUCAGAAACAGCGAAGCGGGUGGUGGUGAUUCCACGUUUGGAUCGAUGCUGAAACGGCUUGACACUCAGCUUAGUGGGCUGGAGAAGCAACUCGCUGUGUUGAAAGCAGCAAGAGUUGUUGGCAAGUAA